UAAAGCUGAAUUUUUUUCAGUUACAUAAAAAACCAUCGAGGCAGAAGCAUCAAGCAUCAACAGUUGCAUAAAAAUAUUAAUUAAAUUAAACAUUCACAUAUUCAACAAUGAAUAAAUCAAUUUUGAUUAGUUUAAUUAUGAUACUGGCAAUUGCCCAGAUAUAUGUUAGUGCAAAACAUUUAAGAAGACAAGGUCAAUCUUGUACAACCAGCUGCCAGUGCUGUACUGAUUACUGUCGAGAUGGAAUUUGCAGGCGAUAUGGAGAAGUUGCUGAUGAAAAAGAUAAAGAUGGAAAAAGUGAAAUUUCUCCAUGUGCUUAUACUGAAUGUGCUGUUGGACGUCGUUGUAUUAUAAGACAAGUUCAAUGCUUUACAUUCCCUUGUCCUGGAAUCGCCGAGUGUGUCAAAAAUCAAACAUCAUGUUAUUAGAAUCAAUAUUAUUAACAUACUAAAAUUUUUAGUUAUCGUCAAUAUAUUGCAAAUUAAUUCUCUAAAAUACGUCGUAUUAUUAUAAACAAUUUUUACAUUUGUUACAUGAACAUAUCAUGGUUUAUUAAUUACAUAUCUUUAUUCAACAAAAAAUAGCUAAUUAAAAUUUUUAAAAAUUAUUUAUGUAUUCAGCAUUUUUAUAUGUUCUAAAUUAAAUAAAAAAUUAUUUAGAUAAA